AUGCAGAUUCUUACUGAGCACGGUAUCUUCAACUGGUACCGUCACAGGAUUGGGAAAGAGACGCACACCAGUUGUUGGGAUUGCGAAGCCGUCGUGGACGAUGCCGAGCACGUGCUGUUCUGGUGCCCUAGAUGGACAGGGGAGCGCGCGGAGUUGGAGGCCGAGAUAGGAGAAGAAUGUAGGAUAGAGAACCGGAUCGUGGAGAAGCUGGCCGCCGAGGAGCGGCUAUGGCUCAAAUUUAGCAAUAUGUGCACCAAGGUCAUGACGAAUCCGCUUAAGAAGGAGAGGGAGGUGGAGGCUCUGCGGAGAAGAGAAAGCAGGAGGAGAGUAUAG